GUGGGGAGGCAGUAGCAGUUCUGUCUCAAAGAGAGAGAGCAGACAGAUAGAACAAGGUAUUAUGCAGCUAGUACUAUAUUAUCCAGAUAUACACUAGGUAUGCAAGAGGACAGCCAUACUAGAAGGAUAACCCUAAGACAUUAUUCAGCUAGUACAGUAGGACACAUUAUACUAAAGAGAGGAGUGUACUGUUGAUUCUAUAGAAGAACUGACUAUACAGGACAAAGGAGACUGUUGAUUGUAGACAGAUAUGCAGCUUGUUUCAGUGAUGUAACUACUAGCUCACUAUCAUCCAACCCUCUCAGUCUACUGACUAAAGAGGAGAGAAGAGGAUAGCAAGACAGGAGAGGAGAAAGACUAGAAGGCAGGUUAAAGAGGACUUCUGGCGCAGCAGGUUGGUGGUGUGUGUGUGGUUGGUGGUGUGUGUGUACCAUGGCAGGGGCUCAGCCAGGGACACAUGCUCUGAAGCUCAAACCGCUGACCGUCCCCGACACUCUGAAGAAUGGCAGCCGCUUCAUGAAAUGGGACGAUGAUCUCUCGACAGUGACUCCUAUCACCCUGACUGUGGAUCCACACGGAUACUUUCUUCACUGGACUGAUCAGAACAAGGAGACAGAGUUUCUAGACAUCACCCAUAUAAAGGAUGCCAGAACAGGGAAGAGCACCAAAACACCAAAGGAGGCGAAGCUGCGUGAGCUGCUUGAUGUGGGGAACCUGGUCGGUCGUAUAGAGAACCGUCUGUUGACCGUAGUCACAGGACCGGACAUGGUCAACGUCACAUACCUCAACUUCAUGGCCCUGCAAGAGGAAGAGGCCACGGAGUGGGCUGAGGAGCUGUUCUCUUUGGCAUCCAACCUGCUGAGUCACAACAUGAACAGAGAAACCAGUCUGGAAAAAGCGUACGUCAGACUAACCUUGCAGCCAAACUCAGAGGGGCAGAUCCCAGUGAAGAACAUCGUCCGCAUGUUCUCAGCAGACAAAAAGAGAGUGGAGACGGCCUUGGAACACUGCAACUUACCCUUUGGACGAAGCAACUCUAUUCCCCUUGAGGACUUCACCCCUGACGUUUACAGAUCUUUCCUCUCCCACCUAUGUCCUCGGCCAGAACUCAGCUCAGUCUUCUCUCAGCAGGGUGCUAAGGGUGCUUACCUGUCUGUGGAUCAGAUGACAGAGUUUAUUAACGAGAGGCAGAGAGAUCCUCGUCUGAAUGAGAUUCUGUAUCCUCCUCUCAGACCCUCUCAGACACAGUCCCUGAUGGAGAAAUAUGAACUCAUCCAGAGCCUGCUUAAACAAGGGCUGAUCACAUUGGAGGGGUUCAGCAGAUACCUGGUGUCUGAUGAGAAUGGAGUCAUUCCGCCUGAGAAGUUAGACCAGUCUGAAGACAUGACCUUCCCUCUGUCUCACUACUUCAUCAACUCCUCACACAACACCUACCUCACAGCGGGGCAGCUGGCAGGAAGUUCAUCAGUGGAGAUGUACCGUCAGGUGAUGUUGGCAGGCUGUCGCUGUGUGGAGUUGGACUGUUGGAAAGGACGGACCACAGAGGAGGAACCAGUCAUCACGCACGGCUUCACCAUGACCUCAGAGAUCUGCUUUAAGGAGGUGAUUGAGGCCAUUGCUGAGUGUGCUUUUAAAACCUCUCCUUUUCCUGUCAUCCUGUCCUUUGAAAACCAUGUGGACUCGCCAAAGCAACAAGCCAAGAUGGCAGAAUACUGUAGGUCAAUUUUUGGAGAUGCACUACUGAUAGACCCACUGGAGAAAUAUCCUCUGGAGUCUGGGGUACCCUUGCCAAGUCCUCAGGAGCUGAUGGGUAAGAUCCUCAUCAAGAACAAGAAAUCCCACAAGCCCUCGGCUGCCCAUGGCAACAAGCAACUGGCAGAGCAUCCAGCCAACCAGAGCGCAGCAGAGGAACAGGCAACAGAUGAACCCUCGUCUCCUAACAACAUCACAGCCGGUGAAAUAGAGGCUGAAGACGAUGACGAUGAUGAUGACGAUGACUGUAAGAAGACGUCAGAUGAAGGGACAGCAGAGGAACGGGAGGCCGUAGCUACAGAGGAGAUGUCCACUCUAGUCAACUACGUCCAGCCCACCAAGUUCAACUCCUUCGAGGCUUCCAAAAAGGUUAAUCGUAGCUAUCAAAUGUCAUCAUUUGUGGAGACUAAAGCUCUGGAGCACCUCACCAAGUCGCCCGUGGAGUUUGUGGAAUAUAACAAGCAGCAGUUGAGUCGUAUCUACCCUAAAGGCACGAGGGUGGACUCCUCCAACUACAUGCCACAACUCUUCUGGAAUGCUGGCUGCCAGCUGGUGGCACUCAACUUCCAAACUAUAGACCUGUCUAUGCAGUUGAACCUGGGCAUGUAUGAGUACAAUGGAAAGAGCGGCUACAGACUGAAACCAGAGUUCAUGAGAAGACCAGACAAACACUUUGACCCGUUCGCUGAGAGCACCGUGGACGGCAUAGUGGCCAACACUGUCAAGGUCAAGAUAAUCUCAGGCCAGUUUCUGAGCGACAAGAAGGUAGGUGUGUACAUAGAGCUGGACAUGUUUGGUCUUCCUGUGGACACCAGGAGAAAAGCCCUGAAGACUAAGACGUCCCAGAGCAACGCUAUCAACCCAGUCUGGGAUGAAGAGCCAAUUAUCUUCAAGAAGGUGGUUCUCCCCACGUUGGCCUCUCUGAGAAUCGCUGCAUUUGAGGAAGGAGGAAAGUUCAUAGGUCACCGUAUUAUCCCUGUGCCAGCCAUACGGCCCGGUUAUCGCUACAUCGGACUGAGGAAUGAGAAGAACCAGUCUCUGAUUCUGCCUGCUGUGUUUGUCUACAUUGAAGUGAAGGACUAUGUCCCAGACACCUUUGCAGAUGUAAUCGAGGCGCUGUCUAACCCCAUCCGGUAUGUGAAUCUCUUGGAGCAGCGGUCCCAACAGCUGGCUGCUCUCACUCUGGAGGAAGGGGAGGAGGAGACCAGUAAAGAGGCUAAUGCUGAUCAACCCGGGCUUGCUGAGCCAAAAGCCAACCUACGAUCUGCUCCUUUGGAGAACGGUCUCAGCCCCAGCCCUGCCGUCACACCCAGAACUCUGACUAAUACACCCCAGUCUGCAACUACAGUUGUUUCAGAACCAACCAAACCAGCAGCGAAGACUGAAGACAUGGUGCAGAGCGUUCUGAUAGAUAUGAAGGCGGCCACACUAGAGGAGCUCAGGCAACACAAGCUGAUAGUGCGGGAGCAGAAGAGACACUACAGGGAGAUGAAGGAUGUGGUGAAGAGACACCAGAAGAAGACUUUGGAGAUGGUGAAGGAACAGACCACCAAGUACAACCAGGCUCAGAACCAACACACACGCAGACACAACGCUCUCCUGAAGACUAAACAACAUGGUAAGACAAGAAGUUUGUCACCUGAAGGGAAGGCUGAACUGAAGCAGUUUGAGGAUGGAGAGGGGCAACUGAGGGAGCUGAGAGAACAACAACAGCAACAGCUACUGGAGUUGAGACAGGAACAAUACUACAGUGAGAAAUACCUCAAACGAGAACACAUCAAACAGAUGAGUGAGAAACUGACUACGGUGACUGAGGAAAGCCAGAACAACCAGAUGAAGAAAUUAAAAGACAUAUGUGACAAAGAAAAGAAAGACCUGAAAAAGAAAAUGGACAAAAGGAGAACAGAGAAAAUCAAAGAAGCUAUGACAAAAGAGAAGCACUUGGUAGAAGAGGGGAAGUUGGAGAUCAACAAAUCAUAUGUGAAUGAAGUGGUACAGAACAUCAAAAGGCUGGAGGAUGCUCAGGCAAAACGCCAAGAGAGACUGGUGGAGCAGCACAAAGACAUCCAGCAGCAAAUUCUUGAUGAGAAACCAAAGCUGCAGGGUGCAGUGGAGGCGGAGUACCAGGAGAAGUUCUGUCUGUUGCCAGGGGAGAUCCAGGACUUCCUGCAGAACAGGAAAGGGGGGGUCAAAGGUCACGUCAUGCCCCGGCCCUCCACCCCCCAUGACAUACUCUCUGAGGAGGAACUAGAGGACCAGAGGAAGUGAGAAAGACAGAAAGCGAGAGGAGAUGGAAAGAGAGCUUUUCUUCUUAAUAAAUGCUGGUUUACUACUGCA